UCAAAGGGAAAAAAAGAAGUUAGGGAAGUUACAGGUGGAGCUGACGGCUUCUAUCAACACCAGAGAGGCUGCUGUUCCAUAACUCAUGAAGUCGUAAACUGGGGGUUCCCUAUGAGAGGCCAUGUACCCUGUAGACCUUCCAGAUGUGGGUGACACUGACCUGACACUAGCCUCUGAAAAGUACCUCUCAUCUCUGGAGUCAAGACCUAGUGAUAAUAACGAGUGGCUGGAAUUGUCACAAACACUGAAGGUGAGGAUAACAGCAAAUAAUGUAAGGCGGUUGCAGCUGUUUGAAGAUGACCAACCUGACUUUGCAGUGGUGGCGCUUCACCCUCCUGAUGAUCCAGCACAAGUGGUGGCUUUAUACCUGCAUGAGAAGUGGUGGUGUGUGGAUGACCUUUCACGAACUUCCAGCAAAUCCAGAAAUGGCUUGGUGUCGGUGCGGUCGAUGAUGGAGAGGGUGAUCGUGUUCCUGCUAAGUCAGGUAGUGGAGAGGUCUCCACAGGAGGAGGCACUGUUCUCGCUGCAUCCCCGCACGGAGAGCUGCAAACUGCUGUGGAGAGACAGCCAGGCGGUCGGCUUCUACACUAUCAAACACAAAGGCAGCCUGUGUGACAGCUGGAGCGGUCGCUGCUACCUGCUGCCUGUUUUGGACACAGUGCUGGUGAGGAGGAGCUGGAGGAGGAGAGGCUUGGGCCUUCAGAUGCUGGAGGAUUUCUGCUCCUCGUUCUCCACAGAAGAGUUUGUGGGAGUCAGCUCUCCAUUGUCACCCAGCAUGGCUGCAGUGUGCAGGAGAUUCCUGCAGCAGCAUGAGGAACAUCGGGACCGUCUGUAUGAGGUGGAGGCUCCGGGGGGCUGGACUCAACGACGAAACAUCUGGCUCAAUAUCCAGCUAGGCCGCUACUCCCUCAGUAUUAAUGAGGAGAGCAGCCCGACAUUAGGAGAAACUGUGAGGAGUGAAGCAGACCAUCAUCUCUGAAGUCUCUUCUGUUUUUUAGAUGCAGACUUACUUACAAAUGCAGACUGGACCUGACCUCACUGUGAACAUUAAACUGGUAACAGGCUCUUCUGAAUAACAAGUUAAACCUUGUGAUCCAAGCCAAGGAGGAAGCUCCCGAAGCAGCUAAAAAACACCUUGAUUGGACCAGGAUGUGGCCCCGCAGCCCCACUGAUCUGGACUCUGGACCUCACACCAGGCCCUAAACACAAGUUCAGAUGUUUUUAUAUGGCUGCUCAGAAACCCAAGCCCCAUCUUCCUGCACUGCCUCGAGAGAGAAGCCAGAUGCAGAGGAAACAUGCAGAUUCUGCCAAACAAGUGAGAGGGACACGAGUUAAACCAUCGAUACACACAGUCAUUGUCUGCAACACCAGCCCUCAAAAGGAACGGUUCAUAUGGAAUAAGUGGAUGAUAUAUUCACCUAAAACAUGGGUGGCCACUGUAUCUGUGGAAUAAAGUUUACACACCUUUUUAAGACUAAAGUACUGCAAAUCAUACAAUAAUUAUUUGUC